UCAAAACCUGUCUGCUCCCACUUCAACUGGCCAUCUGUACAUAACAAAUCAUUUGUGGAGAUUUCUCGCACAUUGAGCCAGCCAAUUACACUUCUUUCGAUUCCUUAUCUUGCAUUACUACACUUGGACUGAUCUCGGCCAACUGAGUAAUUGCAUUAGCCGCGAAUCACCCUUUCAUACAACAUCACCGGUCGAGUACGUCGGGAACAACCUUGAUCUCCUACAUUCCAUUCCUGUCACUUUUAAUACAAACGAAAAGAAGAAGAAAAAAUGUUUUUUUUGAAGGACCUUUCACACACCAUAUCACUGCAUCCGUCGUUCUUUGGUCCCAAUAUGCAGACGCAAUUGGUUGGCAAAUUAUAUGCAGACGUGGAAGGAACGUGUUCCGGGCGAUUUGGAUAUAUCAUUACGGUUGUACUGAUACACAGUAUUGGCAAAGGCAAAAUAUUACCGGGAAGCGGGCUUGCCGAGUUCAAGGUCAAAUACCAAGCUAUUGUCUUCAAGCCAUUCAAGGGUGAAGUUGUAGAUGCUGUCGUUACGACCGUCAACAAGAUGGGCUUUUUUGCCGACGUUGGACCCCUCCAGGUGUUCGUGUCUAGCCAUUUGAUACCAAGCGACAUGCGUUUUGAUCCAAACGGCAAUCCUCCAUGCUAUCAAUCAGAAGAUCAGAUAAUACAAAAGGACAUUCACGUCCGACUAAAGAUAGUAGGAACAAGAAUAGAUGCCACUGAAAUUUUUGCAAUUGGAACUAUCAAAGAAGAUUAUUUAGGUGUGAUCACACCAAACUGAAUGCGAACAUCUUGGUGAUACUAGGGUACUAUCACAUAAACAACACCUUCACCAUCUUACCAGUAUCGGUACACAUCAUCAUAUCAAAAGCAACAAAAAAGAAUUCAACAAUUUAUAAUAGUGAUCGGUGUGUAGAGAUACUAGAAUCACGUUAACGCUAUGUGUCAUUUGC